AUGGCGAACUUCAGCAAGCCCCAGAACAUGAUGACCGCGGUCUUCGCGUUCUUGGCUCUCCUCCAGUUCACCACUGCUUUCCAGCAUGGCGCCGCACACCACAGCCACCCCAGGAGCGCAUCAGUCGACGAUGUGAUCAAGGCCCAGAUGGAUGUGGUCUCUGAAGCGCUUGACAAGCGUCAGACCUCGGGAUACACCGCCAUCACUGGUGUCAAGACAGGAGCAACGGCGCCGCGUCUCGAGAUCCGCAAGCUGAUGCAGAAUGCUGACCAGUGGAACUUGUACCUUUUGGGUAUGGAGAGGUUCAUGGCCAAGGACAAGUCCGAAAGGCUGUCUUACUACCAGGUUGUCGGCAUUCACGGUCGCCCCUACGUAACGUGGGGUAACUUCCCAACCCCUCUGCUCAACCAGGCUGGUUUCUGCCCUCACGCUCAGAGCUUGUUCGGUUCAUGGCACAGGCCCUACCUUGCUCUUUUCGAGCAAGCGUGGUACGCGUCCGUCCUGGAAGUCGUUGCUACUUUCCCUUCAUCAACGCGAUCGCGUUGGUCAACUGCUGCGGCGACUCUCCGCAUGCCAUACUGGGAUUGGGCCCAAGAGCCAGCCUCUGGCCAGCCUGUCGUUCCUACGUCGAUCCGCGACGCGACAGUAUCUGUCACGAAGCCAUCUGGCAAGGUCACCAUCAACAACCCGCUGUACUCAUACAGCUGGGGCAGCUCGCUCCCCACCGAGAUGGGCGGAGGCCCAUGGGACAGCUGGCCUGCGACUCUUCGUCGCCCCGUUGCUAACCCCACCCGUAACAACAACAACGAGAUGAACGCUCGCUUCACAAGCAUCCGCGUGUCUCUUCGUGAUCGUGUCUUCGCUCUGUUCUCCAGCAAGGCGUCUUGGGGUACUGUGAGCACUUCGCAGAUUGGUGCCCGUACCGAUCUGAGCGGCAACGGUGUUGAUAGCUACGAGUCUGUUCACGAUGCUGUUCACACCACUGCUGGAGGUGAGUCGGGUGGACACAUGUACUACCUUGAUCUUUCUUCCUUCGACCCCAUCUUCUGGCUUCACCACACCAACAUCGAUCGUCUGUUGGCCAUGCACCAGAUCGUUGUUCCCAACACGUGGGUCGCCAAUGGCAACAUCAACCGCGGCAUGGCACAAUGGAACCAGGGUGAAGCUAAGAACGCCUACACCCCCUUGAAGCCCUUCACCAAGGACACUGCUGGCAACUACUUCACUAGCAACGACAUCAAGGAUACUCGCGUCCUCGGUUACUACUACCCCGAGACCAGCGGAAACUCGUACUCUCAGGUCGCCUCAGCGGUCACCAGCCUGUACGGUGCCGGUUCCAGGACACUGAGCAAGCGUGACGAGUCGGACACCGACCCGGCCACCGGCCAGUACCUUGGUCGUCCAUUCGAGGAGGGUGACUACCACACCGUCCUUUCCGUUACCGCAGACAAGUUCGCCAUGGAUGGCUCGUACACCGUCCACUGCUUCAUCCGCGAUGACGCCACCAACUCGACUUCCACCAACUCGACCGGCUCCAGCAACUCAACUGGUCUUUACCCCUUGACGAACACCACUCUGUCUGUCCCAUCGGUCAACUACAACACCACCCUUCAAUACGAGGCUGCGAGCGGCGAUUCCGAGGCCGAUUACAACCCAUCCACAGACAUGACCCAGGAUGCCAACUACGUCGGUGCCUACUCCGUUCUUGGUGGAAGCAUGGCUGGCAAGGGCGAACCCGUUAUGACCGAGGGUAACCUUCCUCUGACCUCCUGCCUCCAGGGUAAGCAAAAGGACGGCAAGCUUGCCUCGCUCAAGCCCGAGCACGUCGAGCCCUACCUUGCGAAGAACCUGUACUACGUCGUCAUUGGCCCCAACGGCGAAAUCGAUGCUGCCUCCGUCCCCAACCUCCAUCUUGCGGUCAAGUGCAACAAGGUUGUUCCCGCAUCCAGCAGCGGCGAGCUCCCCGAUCUCAGCGCUCCCUUCGUCAAGCUCCCCAACGCCACCAAGAACCUUCCCGCCGGUGAGCCCUUCACGUACACUCCCCAGGCCAACGACAUCGCUCCCCCUGCUGGCGACUCUUCCUACGAGGAG